GUGUUCAUCAACCAUGGUGGCGGUCCUUUGCCCCUGCUCGGCAAACAGCCUCAAAUCGCCAAGUUUUUGAAGGCCUAUCCUUCAUCGCUGCCUGCUGUGCCCACCGCCAUCCUGGUGGUGACCGCACACUGGGAGACCAGGUCCACAUUAAAGGUAUCUGGAGGGAGCUCACACUCCCUGUACUUCGAUUAUGGUGGUUUUCCCAAGGAAAGCUAUGAGUAUCAGUACCCAGCUCCUGGAAGCCCAGAUCUGGCGAAGCAGGUCAUAUCCCUCCUAGCGCAGAGGGACAUGCAGUGCACUGCUGAUCCUACACGCGGCUGGGACCACGGUGUGUUUGUGCCCACGACGCUCAUGUUCCCGAAGGCGGACGUUCCUGUCGUUGCGCUGUCCCUAUACAGCAGCCAGGACGCUGCAGCGCACUUGGCCGUCGGUGAAGCCCUGCAGCCUCUUCGAGACCAGGGUGUCCUAAUCGUUGGCUCCGGAGCCUCUUUCCACAACUUCGACUACUUCUUUGUUUCUUGGAAGCAGGCCCGGGACCCUACUGUCCGGCAAGAGGGAGUGAAGCACUCCAAGCAGUUUGACCGCUGGCUGACGGAGACGGUGACCUCAGAGGGGCUGUCG